AUGAGCCUCUCUCUGACCAGUUUCCGGGCCGGCACCUCAACGCGUGGAAGCGGCGGUUUCGUCAGAAGCGCCAGCUCUGGCUACAUGCACGCAUCGUACAAUGAAAAUACCGUGGACUACGAUGUUGCCGUUGUCCAGGUAUCCGGAUCUCUGCUGGUUUCGAACGCACGGGCAGUGGGCCUCGCCAGUGACAACUACGACCCACCAGGUGGUCUCGGAGUGACGGUGACUGGCUGGGGAGCCACUCUGCUCAAGGUGGACAUCUUGGACCGCAACACGUGCAGGAACACCUUCGCCAACAUCAACACUGUGACCGACCGCAUGGUGUGCGCCGGCCAGGCCGGCAAGAGCGUCUGCAGCGGAGACUCUGGUGGUCCCCUGGUCAGCGGAAGCACCCAGGUGGGCAUCGUCUCCUGGGGCAGUUCAAGGUGCGAGGCCACCCCCGGUGUCUUCUCCAACGUCGGCAAUCUGCGUUCUUGGAUCCGAUCUGCAUCUGGCGUCUAA